ACCCACGAGUUUGUGCUGCCAGACGCCAGUGCGUGUUGUUUUGCUGCAAAUAAUCAAAAUUUAAUGUCGACAAAGAGAUGCUUUGCAUGCUUUCAAUGGCAAGGUACAGACGUUAGUGUGUGGCUUCCUCCAAUGAAGCCAAUGAAAUUCUUCGAUGUUGAAGUGUAGGUGUCUACUUGUGUGGGAUCAUCAGUCAUCUUAGUCAUGACUUCACCAAAUUCUGAGCCUAACCCAUUGGACAUGUCAGCCUUAGGAGGCCAGAUUUCUGCGUCCCUGACGCUCCCACAGGGAAUGGGACUCCAGAGCAUGCCAAUAAUGUUGUCGCUCAGUCUUCCUGAAAAGGACAAGGGAGAUGCCAAGAUGGGUGUCUUGCCCCCAGUUCUUCAGUUGAUCCAACAGAGUGGGUUGCAAACCCUGUCGCAGAUCUUCCCACAAGCAGCACCACCCCUGACUAACUCCUCCCAGGCCACACCCAUUUUGGACUACACUACGGUCAGUCCAGCUCAUCCUGAAACUGGAAAUAGCUUGUCAGAUACAACACAGAAACCAUCAGCCAGGCCUUCAUUUGAUUUGUCAUCCUUCCUAAAACUGCAAAAUUCAAAUGAAUUGGUAUCAAUUCAGAAUCGGUUAUCCCUUGCCAACACCUGCUUCAAUAGUCUUGCUAAUAUAGUACAGGCGUCUACAGAUUCUCCAGUGUUAUCUCAAGCACAGACUCUGACUAGUUCCUCUGAACAGGAGAAUGAUAACAGACAGUCUGAUAUUAUUGACCCAUCGUCUACACUCUCAUCCUCACAAGCUCCUGCAGUCCUCCAAAACUUGUCUGUACAGGAUGCAAUAGUUCAACUUGGUAGCGGUGAGUUCACCAGAUCAGAUCUUAUAAGCCCACAUCUGGAAUCCCUGGUGUCUAAUGCUACAUUCAUCCAACAGUGUGCCAAUCAGGACCUAGCCAGUGGUCAGUAUGUGACAAAUCAGACCUCCCAACUGUCCACCCACCAGUCUGCUGAUACCCUUCAAGCACACGGACAACAUGCAGGAGAACCCUUGAUGUCUGUCGGUGACCAGUGCCAAAUGACCACUGAUCUACAAAGCACAACACUGCAGUCAGGCAUCCAGAACCAAAUAUUGUGUCAGAGCACAUCUUUGGGGCAUCAAACAGAUGGGACCGAGUUGUCAUCCCAACACCAGGAGGCACCACAGUUGUCACAGCACCACAUGGAAGACUUAAGUCUCGCUCAACAAAAGUGCAACGAUGUAGCCAUUGGUAAUGAGAUGACAGUAGUUGGCUAUAGCCCUCAGGAUUACCUGCACAUGCAGGCAAACCUGGCCACAGCUGCUUAUAUACCAAUCCGAGAAGAAAUCGCAAACCAGGACCCUUCAACAGUUGCUGCUAGCUUGGCCAGUCAGAUUGAGGCCAUCUCAAGUGCUAUUACUAACCAAAGUGGGCUGAUCCAGCUGCCAACAACAGGAGCCAACCCUCAAUGUCCUAGUCAUUUGGUUGAUCUGGUCCUGAAGUUAGCGGGGAGACGGGAUGCGAACACACCUCAUGAAAAUCCCGCUGUAGCAGUCAGCAUCCCUGUUGAACCAGUAAUAGGGGCUGGCCUGGCGAUACCAGAGGUGUUUGUAUCCUUUUGUGUGGGGUGUAAUGCAGCAUCAGAGACCUCCCCUUGCCUGAUCCAUGACACAGAGUACACUGCCAUAGCUGACAGCCCCAUACCAAGUAAAGCUCGGGCCUCACUCCCAACCUGUCUAUACCUGAAGUCUUCGGAAACCAUACUACAGAAUGUCAUGGGUGUGUGGUCAAAGGUGCCAAUCAAAGCCAAAAGCAAAUUUGGGCCUCUGGUGGGAAAAGUGAGCUCCUCUGCUCCUGGCGAGUCGAAGCUUGGAUCUCUCCCAGAGUUCAAGGUGAUCUACAGUGAUAAGGUGGACCAGUACGACCUAGAUGAUGAAGAGGAGUGUAACUGGCUAAAGUUUGUACAGAUGGCCCGUACAGAGGAAUCCCAGAACAUGGUCGUCACACAGAUGGGCUCAGAUAUUUACUUCUUUACCACGAAAGAUGUGUAUCCUGGUGAAGAACUGCUCUUCUGGUACUCCAAGGACUACGCUCGGUUUCUAGGAAUACCAGUCAGUCCAGAAACGAAGAAGAUCAAAAUGUGUUAUGUAUGUGGUAAGGUGUUUGUUGGUCGCCUUAACCUGCGGGCUCACCAGAAACUCCUACAUGCCGACGUUGUGAAGAGGAAGUGGAAUUGUAACAUGUGUGAGCAGGGAUUCACCUCCUCUGCUAAGCUCAAUGACCACAUGAAUAUUCAUAUGGGAAUAAAGCCACACACCUGUCAAUACUGCGGGAAGCGGUUCACGGACCAAAGUAAUCUCCGACAACACCUACUGACACACACAAAUGUGAAGAGGUUUUCCUGUAAUCAGUGUGGCAAUCAGUUCCGUCAGAAGAUCCAUCUGCAGACUCACAUGUUGAUACACACAGGAGAGAAAAACCUGCAGUGUAGUUAUUGCGUGAAGAAGUUUGCACGUGAAUCUGAUCGCAAACAGCAUCAGUAUCAACACACAAAGGAAAAGAUUUACCAGUGUACAGAGUGCAACAAGAUAUUCUAUAAACUGCAGAACUACAAACGACAUUUAUUAAUGCACACAGGGGAGAAAAACCAUGCCUGUCCAAAGUGUCAGAAGCGAUUCUAUACCAAGUACCACUUACAGCGACACUCGAAGAUCUGCAAGGGAGCCACCACAAAAAUCUACCUCAACAAACACGAGAAAAAUCUCAACUUAGAAGAAAUAGCCAAUGAACUGACUGCAGGUCCUUCUGGGUCCAGGACCUUGGGAACCAGCACUGCUACAUCGUAAAUCAUCUCAAUCUCUAACUAUUGUCAUACGAUUCUUCAUCAGGAUGCAACUCUGCUAUUCUGCUGAAUCAUGGAUUUUCCUUUAAUGUCAGUUAUUUUCUGCCUGCACGUUUCUGUGCCUUCUUCAUCAAAUCUCUAGGCUAAUCUGGAUAGCGGUUGGAAAAACAACUAACUUAUUCCUUGCUGAAUGCAGUCAAGCCAUUGAUAUGAGAGUUUCAAGGAAGAUAGAUGGGCUAAUAUCAAAGCAUUGGUACAAGAUUUGAAGAACACCUUAUCAAAAGACUAGCUGAUUUUGCUGAGCUGUUGUAUGAAUUCUGGACUGGAUGAGCCUGCAUACCUGUUACAAGAUGUUUGGAGAAGAAGAGCGGAGAAGUUUCGACAACAAAAGUGAACACGGUGUUGUUGAGUAGAGACGUUCCUGCUGUAUAACAACAGUGUUUAGUGAAGACAUUCCAGUAGAACAUUCAGAAGACUGCUGUGAAGAUUGUCGAGAAUGUGAUUCAAGUAAACAGAAGAGGAAUUGGCUUACAACCAUUAUAAAAGUAAUGACAGAGAGACAACGGACUACAAAGUAAGGGCAUGUUUCCCUUAAUCUGACCUCUGUCAGGACUUGUUAGUGUUGACUACUGGAUUUUUAUAUGGUUAAAAUUCUUUAACUUUGCUGAUCUCAAGUUUUUGUCAAUUUUCAGCUAUGUUGUUAGGUAUUCACAAAUAAAUGAAAUGUUUUACAAAAGGAAAUUUAUGAUAUUUACACAAAAACAGCUUUCAACAUGUAAAAGUAAUUCCUUUAAAAAUUUGGAUCAGCAAAAGUAAAGUGUUAAGUUUUGAAAUUGUUUUGUUACAAAUCAUCAAAGAUUUGAUUCAAUGUUAUCUGUUCAAAGCCUUAUAAGUUUAAUGAUGAGAUCAUCUUUCAUCUUUGUAUAUUUAUUUUCAAAAUUAUUGAAAUUCAGAACUAAACCUGCAUGUAUGGGGAUCCAGAAAGAUCAUCCAUAGACAAACACAAAAAUAUUUGUCAAUAUUUAGAAAAUUCUGAAAUCUAACAAUUUGAACAUUUUUGUUAAUGACGUGUCAACCUUAUCAGGCUCUGAACAACCCUAUGUAAUAAGUUUUAUUUUGGCAGAGGGCACAACUUACACAGGGUUUGGUAAGGCUUUAAUUAAUUCACCCCUGAAAUUUCAUUCUGAGUUCAAAUGUGUCUCCUGGCCCGUAAAAGAGUUGAGUCCUUUGUAUUUAGACAAAUAACAUGUAAAAUUAAAAGUGAUGAAAGUUUGAUGAGUACCCCACAAAGUCUUUGAAUUUCUUUUUAUUUUAUUUUUAAACCAUCACCAUUAGUGAUGAUUUCUGCAUAUUCAUGAAAUAUUUCUAAAUUUGAAUAUAAAAUGGGUCUGUGAAAUUUGUUGAAAUUCAUCUUAUUUUCUUUUUCAAAUGCCAAAAAGUAUUAAAAUUUCAUAAAAAAAAUGCCUUCUGUAAAUUUGCU